AGUCAUCGUCCCCCAAUCACCCAUCCCCAGGUCUUCAUACCAGCAAGACUUUUUCUCUUCUAGUCUACACUAAAACACUUUUCUCUUCUCAGUUCAAGAAAUGGAUGCUUCCCUCUGUAUGUUUCCUAACCCUAACCCUACUGCAGGAGUCAUGCCUGAUAUUUCACAACAUGUCGAUCAUCAUCAACAUCAUCAGACUUCAUCGGAGUUCCAAUUUUCUGAUUAUUUCAUGAUGCAAGAUUAUUACAGCUUCGAUCAGGAUGCUCAUUUAGCUUCUCAAAAUACGGUCGACCAAUACCAGCAAAAUGUUACCAGCAAUAUCACGGUUGAAUCCAAUCAUCCUUCUGCAACAGCUAGCAACAUGAAACAGAAAAGCGGAAUAACGAAGAAAAGGGCAGUGGACAUGGGGCGUAAAGUUGCAUUUCGAACUAAAUCGAAGCUGGAUGUCAUGGAUGACGGCUACAAAUGGAGGAAAUAUGGGAAAAAGAUGGUCAAGAACAGCCCAAAUCCAAGGAACUACUUCAAGUGUUCAAGUGGAGGAUGCCAUGUGAAGAAAAGGGUAGAAAGAGAUAGAGAUGACCCAUCUUAUGUGAUAACAACAUAUGAAGGAGUUCACAACCAUGAGAGUCCUUGUGUAGUCUACCAUUUGCCUCCUAUGAUGCCAAUGGGUGGAUUCUCCUUACAAGAAUCCUAUACUCCUUCCUCUUCUUCAUAGUUUGUUAUAUCUAGGAGCAAAAGAUGAUUUUCAUAGAGAAGUUUGAAUUAUGUAUGUUACUUUGAUAGGUAAUAUUGUGAAGAUGGGACUGAUCUCCUGUUGCUGACUGAGCAGCAUGUUAGCAAAUUUGUGUAUAAGAAGCCCAGGUUGUUUCUUAUAGAUAUCUGAUACAGUGAAAAUAUUAUUAUAGGUGAAUAAGAAACAUUUGACAACAUUUGUUUACAACAAAA